UAGAGGGGUGAUCUGGUCCUCCUGUCCUCCUGUCUCUCCUCCUCCUCUCCGGGGAGGUUUCUGUUCCUCCUCCCCUAUAAUCCUUCCUUUUCUUUGUAUCCUCUGAUGCCUCAGCCCUCAUUCGUCUCCUUUUUGUGCCUCUGAUCGUCACUUUUUCUUCAGAAUUCAGAGAUUUUUUGCUGUUAAAUGCAACAGAUCUACUCUUCCUCAUCCCUUCUUCCCUUUUACAUCUGGAUCACUGGGUUCUAACAGUCAAUCAACCAAGCAACCAGACAACUAACAGACAAACCAACAAGCAGGUAUGACAGACAAACCGGGCAUGCCGACGGGUGGCGGAGGCGGAGAUGACGCGGGAAGUAUCAUGGCAUUGCUGGAGCGUGUGGCGGGCCUCAUGGACAGCGUCCAGACCACACAGCAGCGUAUGGAGGAACGUCAGCUGGAGCUGGAGAACACAGUGAAGACCAUUCAGGCCGAUGUGGUCAAGCUGACCAGUGACCACGCCAACACCAGCUCCACAGUCAGCCGACUGCUGGAGAAGACACGCAAGGUCAGCCGCCACAUCAAGGAAGUCCGGGUACGUGUGGAGAACCAGAACAUCAGGGUGAAGAAGGUGGAGGCCACCCAGAGUGACCUUCUGGCCAAGAACAAGUUCAGGGUAGUUAUUUAUCAGGGUGACCAGGAAGUGAAGGCCGUUACACCGGGCAGUGAGCCUGCAGAAUCCAGCGGUGGCGCUGGCGCCAGAGCCGAGGUGGAACCGGACAAGUUUGAGCUCCCUCCGGAGUCGGAUGAGGAGUACAUGGUGGUGGAGGAGGCGGACUCCUCGGCGGCCGGCCGCAUGAAGAAGACGGGCCUGACGCGCAUCGAAAGCUUCAAAGCCACCUUCUCCAAGGAGAACAUGAGCAAGACCCGCGAGAACCUGGGCACCAAGGUCAACAAGUUCGGCGAGCGCAUCGUGACGGCAGAGAGGCGCGAGAAGAUCCGCCAGUCCGGCGAGAGGCUGAAGCAGUCGGGCGAGAGGCUGAAGGAGACCAUCACCAAGAGCGUCCCAGCCAAGCUGAAUCUGAAGAAGGAGAGGACUGUGGCGGAGGGCCAGGAGGGAGCCGAGGGCGCCACGGAGGGAGCCGUGCCCAUCCCUCCUCCCAAGGGCCGCAAAGGCACCCCGGACGCCGCCAAGGCGGCCGCCGACGAGGGCAAAGCAGAGGAGUCUGAGGUGCCGAUGUAUGACAUGAAGCAGCUAUCAUAAACCGUGAGACAAUGACGAGAUCUGGGGCGUUUUCUUUGGACUACUGAGACCACACAGAGGGAAAGAAAGAAGUUUUUCACUGCUGCCAAGCAGAGAUGCAAGAGUGAUGAUGAUGAUGAAGUUUAACAUUUGUUUGAAAAUUGUUGAAGGAAGUGAGCAAGGAACGGGCCGGUCACAGAUCCAGCGUGACUGAACAUCAAGACAACAACCAAACUAAUUCCUGAAAUCGCUGAGGUUAUUUCACCUGCAGUCACGUGUGCUCCGGACAGCAUCAAAUCAGAAAACAUAUUAAUAUAUAUUCUCUUUGUUUUGUGUUCAAUAGACACUGACUUUGGAAAAUAAAAGAACAAAGCGCUCAGAGUUCCUCCACUGAAGUUCUCACGCCGUCACACUGCUGCUGUUCGCUGGUUUUUGCAUGUUGGUGAGACUGAGGUGUUGAAAUCUGAAACGGGGUCGUGACACGUUUGAUGCUGUAAAAUGUUUGAUGCGAUUAAAGUCAAGAGGUUAAAUUCUCUGAUGUCUGUGUGGAUCAGCAGAGUGAGACCUGGAGAUCUGUGUUUGACAGACGUUUGUGAGCUGAAGAUUUUUGGAUCAGUGGUGCUAAAUAGACCCAUAUAUUAUAUUUACAUGUAUUAACAUAUAUAUCAUAUUAUAUGUAAUAUUUCUUAAAUACCCUAUUAUGUACGUAAAUUAGUUUAAUAGCACUGACUGAUGAUUACAUUACACACUCCUCCAUAUCUUUUAAAUUCACUGUUAAAUGUGGCCCAACUCUUUUUUUUUGCUGCUUUUGUAUUUGACGUUUAGCGAGCUGCGCCUUUAGCGAGCUGCGCCUCACUGUGCAGCGUUCAGACAGUAGCUAUGACCAAUCACAGGCCUCCGAGCAGAGAGUAGAGCCGUUUCCUUCAGAGGCUUCCCCCCUGACAGCGGGGAUUCAACAAACCGUACGAUUUUCUGGCUGUCGGCAUUUUUACAGUGUUCUCUUGCUUUUCGCUCUCGUCAGUGAGUGACUGCAUGGCUGUAGUUUGUCAGUGAUACUAUAUUAAAGCUGUUUGUCAUGUUGAGAAAAUAAAAGUUUACUUGAAUCAUUUCUGUAACUGAA